UUAUUUGAUUAUUGUCACUGCUCUCUGACCAUGCACUGUCCCUUCAGACUCUCAUUUCCCAACUGAGUCAUUCAGAGGAGGCUGGUGCCUGCAGGACAUAGUCUAAGACCAUAAACUACCUUGUUCCAAGUGAAAAGACACAAAGAAGAGAGCCAGGAGAACCUUCAAAGUUUUCUGACAACUUCUGUAUCUAUCUGUUGGAUUACUGAUUGAAAGAAAACAAGGAACAGGAAUAUGAGGGGUCUGGAAGAUUUCUCUAGUUGAUCAGCAAAGGAGGGCUAGUUGCAGGGGAGAAACCAGGAGAAGGGUGAACGGGGCAUUUCAGUGCACCCUAGCAUGGCAUCGCCUCUGCCCUGGCUGUACAUUAUUCUAUGGAUGGAAAAUUCCCUAGGGAAUGUUGAAGAUGAAGGCAACUUCUACUCAGAAAACAUCAGCCGGAUCCUCGACAACUUGCUUGAAGGCUACGACAAUAGGCUGCGACCAGGAUUUGGAGGUGCUGUCACUGAAGUCAAAACAGACAUUUAUGUGACCAGUUUUGGGCCUGUGUCAGAUGUGGAGAUGGAGUAUACAAUGGAUGUUUUCUUCCGUCAGACUUGGACUGAUGAGAGGUUGAAGUUUGGGGGGCCAGCUGAGAUUCUGAGUUUGAAUAACUUAAUGGUCAGUAAAAUCUGGACCCCUGACACAUUUUUCAGGAAUGGCAAAAAGUCAAUUGCUCACAACAUGACAACUCCUAAUAAACUCUUCAGAAUAAUGCAGAACGGAACCAUUCUUUACACCAUGAGGCUUACCAUCAAUGCUGACUGUCCCAUGAGGUUGGUUAACUUUCCUAUGGACGGGCAUGCUUGUCCACUCAAGUUUGGGAGUUAUGCUUACCCCAAAAGUGAAAUCAUAUAUACAUGGAAAAAAGGACCACUUUACUCAGUAGAAGUCCCAGAAGAAUCUUCAAGCCUCCUCCAGUAUGAUCUGAUUGGACAAACAGUAUCUAGUGAGACAAUUAAAUCUAACACAGGUGAAUAUGUAAUAAUGACAGUUUAUUUCCACUUGCAAAGGAAGAUGGGCUACUUCAUGAUACAGAUAUAUACUCCUUGCAUUAUGACGGUCAUUCUUUCCCAGGUGUCUUUCUGGAUUAAUAAGGAGUCUGUGCCGGCAAGAACUGUCUUUGGGAUCACCACUGUUUUAACCAUGACCACUUUGAGCAUCAGUGCCCGGCACUCCUUGCCAAAGGUGUCCUACGCAACUGCUAUGGAUUGGUUCAUAGCUGUUUGCUUUGCUUUCGUAUUCUCUGCUCUUAUUGAGUUCGCAGCUGUCAACUACUUCACCAAUCUUCAGACACAAAGGGCCAAGAAGAAGGCACAGAUUGCAGCCUCAACCCCAGUGACAAUAUCGAAGGCAACUGAACCCUUGGAAGCCGAGAUUGUUUUGCAUCCUGAUUCCAGAUACCACCUGAAGAAAAGAAUCACUUCUCUGACUUUGCCAAUAGUUCCAUCCCCUGAGGCUAAUAAAGUCCUCACUAGAGCGCCCGUCUUACAACCAACACCUGCCACGCCCCCACCACUCUCACCAGCCUUUGGAGGCACCAGUAAAAUAGACCAGUAUUCUCGAAUUCUCUUCCCAGUUGCAUUUGCAGGAUUCAACCUUGUAUAUUGGGUAGUUUAUCUUUCCAAAGACACAAUGGAUGUGAGUAGCACUGUUGAUUAGCUUGCAGCCAGGACAACCUGUGUUCUAUAGGUUCUUAUUUUCUGUAUUUUUUUUAAAAUAGCAUUGAGACUUGUGUAGAUACUUUUCAGAACAUGAAAUCAUAAUUGGAAAUUUGUAACACAUGUCUUUGAGUAAGCACGUAGGAGCCAAAAAGCAAUAAUGUUAUCCCUCAAAAUUGAGAGUUGAAGGUUACUGAAAAACAUGACUUUUUUUUUGUACAUUAGAGAAAAUUUUUAUGAGGAUAAGAUAGGUUCAAGAUGAAUUCGCCAACAACCUUUGUCCUUGAUUGCUCGAUAUUUUUAAUUGUCACUGUGAAUAACAUUUAUCACAAGGCAGAUCAAAGAAGAAAUGCUGACACUUCCAAAGGUUGCCUUAAAUACAUUUAUUUUGGCUUGGUUUCCAAUAGAGGAAAAUAUAAAUACAGUCUAAAUAUUUAUCAGUAUGUUAAUACAGCAUGUUGGAGGCCUUUAUGCUAGUAAGUGACUUUUCAGUGGCAUUGUAAAGCCUACAUUGAACUUAGCCAUUUGUUUUUAACCUCGCUGCGCUCUUUUACCUCAGUAAAAUGUGCUGUUUGUAUACAUAUAAAUUAUACAUGUCUCAUAAAUUAUGUAUGCAUAUGUACAUAGCUUGGGUUGGAUUAAAAUACAAUGUUGUUUCGUCACUUUAAAUUACCCUUUAAAGAUAAUAUGUUUACCAUAAUUCCAUGAAGUUGUAGAAAAAAAUUAGUGAUCAUAAGAAAGCCUUGUAUACUAUGACUAUGGUUAUCUCUUGUGUUUUCCAUUGUUCUAAGUAUAAUGCUAAAUAAAACAGCUUUAAACAUG